CAAUAUGAGCGAUCCUGCAGAAUGGAUUGGUGAGGCUAGAAAAGGUUUUGGACUGGGGGAAGGAAGCAACCCAGUAAACAGUCAUAAAACAAGAAACUGACAUUUUUGAAAAUGCCAAGUUUAUUCUGAGUUCAGAACGCUUGCAAUUACUGUCUCAAGAUUAAAACUAUAGGAAUGUGACUGGCUGACUGGUAUGUUUAUUUUCUCAAUUAGCAGCGCCUUUUGGCUUAGGGGAAAAAAUAUAACAGUGAUGGCAUUAAUUCUUUUGUCUUGUUAAUGUGCUGACCCAAUGUGGGAAUGAAGUAGAGAGCCAGAGUUUCCCAAAGCAAGCAUGUUGGUUAUAUUAGCAGCUUAGCCUGAGAAACAUAAAGCAGGAUAUCUGUUAAGCCUGGGAAAGGCAGGAAAAAGAAGUCUGGGAUUUAAAUCACAGAGGACAUAAAAAGGAAUUUGCUCUCAGUUGACAGAACAAUCAUUUAGUUUCAUCCUACUAUGUACCAAAAAAAAAUUAUCUAGUUGCUUUGUGGCAUUUGUCUAGUAGUUUUUCUUACCCAGCUAAAUAGUGUCUCAGGAUUUAUUUGAACAGACUCUGGAAAAUCCAGAGAAUUCUGGAUUCUUAUAUCAUUUCUAACUAACUAGUUGCUGUUUCAAAUGCUUUAUAUUCUAAUUUAGAUUUUACCAUUUAGAUUUUAAAAUGCUUUAUAUUUUAAUGUUUAAAAAUAUUUUUUUAAACUCCAUUGGUCAUUAUUUCUGUUGGUUGACUAGCUGAUAGAAGUCAGAAAGAACAAAUUACCUCACCUGUUCUUGUAAGGUGAAAAAUAAAGUGCAAGGUAUUUUUUUUUCCAAAUUCUCAUUUGUUCUCAGGCCAGAGCUCAACAUGUUUUAAGUUUUGUUCCACUGAAACAUGGAAAAGUUGAGCUAUUUUUUUGUUCCAUUGGAAAAUAGCCAGCAGGAAAGGUUGGUGGAAUAUUUUGAAGGUGCUGAUUUUUUUCUGCAUUCCAAUCCAAAUGUGUUUUUCAUUUCUUGGGCAAUGCUAGUUCUAAGAUCAUUUAAAAUUAUUUUCAAUAAUCAAAAGUAUAAGUCCUGGGAAGAUGCUUUUUUGUAUUAUAAUUAUUUUAAGCUUUCAACUCUAAGUAAGAAGGCUGGCAACUAACAUUGUAGGCAUUUAAAGAUUUUUUUACAAUUUAGUAAAGAGUUUUCUGGAUAUGUAUAAUAUUAUACUGUUUCAUAGUUAUUGACUAAUUUACUUCAGAAAUAUAUUAGACAUACUAAGUUGUAUAUUAGGCAUACUAUGGUAUUAAAAUUAUUUGUUGCGGGAACAGAUGCAAAAAGCAGUACGAAUAAUAUAAUAACCAAAAAUUUUAUGGAUCCAAAAUUAGCUUUGGAGUUUGGAGUUUAAUGACAGGGAACAUAGUUUAAUCUUCUAAACCUUUAAUGAAUGAGCUUUCUGGGCAAUUAAUUCAUGGAACUUGAUAUAGUUUCUUUUUUAAGCUAUUCAUGUAUGCAGUUUGACUAUUUCUAAUUAUUCCCCAAUAUAAAAAGAUGAAAUAACAGUUUAAAGCAAACAGAAAUCACAUAUUCUUUAAAUCAGGCCUGAGUUUUGCUGAAAGAAAAAAUAGUUUUGAAAGUAUCUUAUGUUUCUAAUAGAAAAACGUGUGUCAAGUUUCCAGUAUUGUAUAUUCAAAAAUACCUCAUUCUUGGGUUAUCUAAUUUUAUGAGGAUUUCAUAAGCAUAGCUUAUUUAAAUUCUUAUUUAUGAAUGGAAUGCUGCUGGGGCUGAUUCUAAACAAACAACAAAGCAAAGAAUAUCUUUUGCUCUGCUGUAAAAAAAACCAAUGUGGUAUUUAUACAUUAAUUUUACAAGGGAGAACAGUUAUCUUUAACAACAUCAAGUUUUGUUGUCUACCUCACAAUUCAACAUCUAGUUUUUUUUCAAUAGUAAUAAUAUUUUGUUUUUCUAAGUAGGGUCCAUCGAUUAAACAAUUUAUGGACAUUUUCUCUCUUCCUGAAAUGACCCUACUUUCAUCAGUGACUGAUUAUUUCAUGACUCGUAAUAUUGAGUAUGACCAAGUUCAUCUUUUCAAGGACAUAAGUGAUGCCAUUAAAGAUGUCCAUGUGAAAGGAAUGAUGUACAAAUGGAUUGAAAAGGACAUGGAGAAAUAUAUUCUUCAUGGAGAUGAAACAUACGCUGUCUUAAAUAGGCUGGUUAACAACAAUAAAAAACUCUUUCUCAUCACAAACAGUCCUUUUAGUUUUGUCGACAAAGGGAUGAAAUACAUGGUUGGCAAAAACUGGCAGGAUCUUUUUGACAUGGUCAUUGUGCAAGCAGAUAAGCCCAGUUUCUUUACUGAUAAGCGAAAGUAAGUAUAUUGGUUGUAUUA